AUGGCCGCACACGUGGAGGCGUCCGCGCCGGGAAAGGUCAUUCUCUUUGGCGAGCACUCGGUGGUGUACGGCAAGCCGGCGGUGGCCGCUGCCGUGGCGCUGCGGACCUCUUCGCAGCUGACCAGCCCUGCGCCCGACGGCACGCCCACCCUCACUGUCGAGCUGCCGGACAUUGGCGUGACGCGGACCUGGCCGCUGGAGCGGCUGCAAGUCUUCCUCGCCUCGGACGAUGCGGGCGUGCUGGCUGACGCCCCGCUCCCGCUGGCCUCCCCGCCGCGCCCGGAGCCGGCGCUCGUCGACGCCCUCACCGCCUCCCUGCUGGAGGACGGCGAUCAUGCCGCGAUUGCCGCCUUCCUCUACCUGUACAUCGGCAUUCUCCGCCGCGCCGACGGCACUGUUCCGUCAGGCAAGGUCCGCGCUGCGUCGCAGCUUCCGAUCGGCGCCGGCCUCGGCUCGUCGGCAGCGUUCUCGGCGUGCUUGGCAGCGGCGGCCAUGCGGGCGUCACCGCAGGCGGCCGCCGAGCUGCAGUGGGGCGACGAGACGAGCGGCGAGGCCGCGCCGGCGCCAGCCACCCUCGACGCCAUCAAUGCAUGGGCUUUUUGCGCAGAGGUUGUCAUCCACGGCACCCCGUCGGGCAUCGACAACACCGUCUCCACCUUUGGCGCCGCCGUCCGCUACGAGGCCGCCGUCUCGAGCCCGGUUGCGCUGCCGUCGCUCUCGCUGCUUCUUGUGGACACUCGCGUUCCGCGGUCGACCAAGACGCUUGUCGCCGGUGUGCGCGCCAAGCGCGACACGUUUCCGGACGUCAUGGACCCGGUGCUUGACGCCAUGGGCGCGCUCGCCGACAGCGCUGUCGGCGUUCUGAGCGCCCUGGCCCACAGCCCGGCGAGCGACGACGCCGUUAGCGAGCUCGGCGAGCUGGUAGAGACAAACCAGGCGCUGCUUGCAGCCAUUGGAGUCUCGCACCCGGCGUUGGCUACAGUCAUGACAACUGCAGCGCGCCACGGCUUUCCAGCCAAGCUCACUGGCGCCGGCGGCGGCGGCUGCGCCAUCAUCCUCCUCCCUCCCGGCUGCGACGCCGCCGUCGAGGACGCGCUCGUUGCCGAGCUCGAGAGCAUGGUCUUUUACAACAACGAGCACGUUAAGGUCAUCCGGACCUCGAUUGGCACGCCCGGCGUGACGUUGCGGCUGUGCCCGACUCUAUGAGGUGUCAGUGCCGCAACAAAUGAUCCAACUUGCCUCUC